AUGACGGACAACCUGGAAGAUAUUCUUGGUGGAGUCGAGGACGAGAUCCGUCUAGCCGAGGAACGGCUUCAGCAGGACGUCUUUCGGGUCAACAGAGCAGGAGCAGCAUCAGGCAAUCAAAGCCCACUGGCAGGGUCAACCUUCGACUAUGAGAGCGAUGGCGAGCGUUUGUCGGAGGAAAUCAGGCCGGUUUUCCCUCGUCGCGGUCUAGCCACCAGAAGAAGAACGCCGUCAUUGAGGUUAUCCAGCGACGGUGGGCCCUCGAUGGGCGAGAUCCUAUCAACGGACAAGACGUCCCCCAGAAGCAACACUAUGAGGGGGGGAUCGCGACGCCGCGCCUGGGUCGACCUCGAGAAUGACGACUUCCCGAGCAGCAUAGCAAGUGGUGUUAGCGUCACUCGAAGUGAACGGGGCAGCAGAGCACACGACCGUGAAGCCAUGGUCAACAGACUGUUGCAAGAGCGGGAGGCGCGGUUGGCCGCACGAAGUCCUGGCGCAGCCGAACGAAGGAUGCCCGGGAACGGCGGAACUGCUGAAGGGAGUGGAACCGGGGCGGUAACGCACCCAGAGACAGCAACGCUGAGUUCUAGCAGAGCGAUUCCCGGCGGUAACGGCCACUCCUCGGCAAGGGUCGAGGAGGGGAGUGGCGGCGAUGACGGCGACGGUAGUCCCAGCGCCGCCAGGGAAAACAUCUUCUUCGCGUCGGACCUGGCGUACCCGGACGACAUUAGCCAAGGCGGUGGUCCGAACGUUCACGCAGGCGCUGACGGAGCGCGAGCGGCUGCGGGAGAAGAGCCUGUCGAAGCGCUUCUCCGACGCCUGCACGACGAGGAAACCCACGCCGACACCGACAUCAAGGACAACGAGCUCAGCUGCAUCAGUGUCGCCAGCGCUGCGCGCAGAGUCGAGGAGAGCGACAGACAUCCAACCGGCAGUGCUAACGGCCGCUUCGUAGAUGAGGAUGACGCAAUGGCGACGGCGCGACUAGAAGACAGGCUCGCGUUCCGGCCAAAGGAGCGGGAAAACAAAAACCGGUCCUCUCUACAACAAAGGAAGCCACGAGCCGGCAGCGAGCGUAGGAUUAAGGAACUCGCACGCGAUAGGCAGGCCCUGUACUCCGACCGAGAGCGGAGGCGGAAAGAGCUGCAGGAAGAGGCGGAGACGAAGGAGUGCACGUUUCACCCUAACAUCGUGUCGAGUAGCGCGGCGAGACGGGGCGCGGCGGGUCAUGGUUCUGGCGGGGCCGGUGCCAGACGGCCACCACUCCACGAACGCUUGCACAAGGAGGCGCGCGAGAGAGAGGCCGCCAGAGCGCUGGCACAUCACCAUCUGGAGAAUGAGGCUCUUCGGGAGUGCACGUUUCAGGCGCGUGGUGCUUGGUGGGGGGGGGACGGGGGUCGAGAGCCGACGCUAAACACCACCGGCGCGGUCCCGGCGGCCGAUCACCGGCCACUCCACCAGCGAGUGUGGGAGGUCGAGCGCGAGCGGGAGCACAAGCUGCGGCUCCUCGUGGCCGACAAGGAAGAGCGAGAGGGGGCCACGUUCGCGCCGCCGCCGAUGGGCCGGGUGAGCGAGAGGCUAGCGGACACCAGGCCCGCGUUUGCUGGGGGGGGAGGGGGCGGGGCGUGCGGGGAAGGCGUGGGGCGGUCGGCGACUCGCCUGCAGGAGCAGGCGAUGUGGGCAAGAGAACGGCGGCGGCUCAGAGUGCAGGAGCACGAAGAGGCCGAAGCUCGCAUGAGCACGUUCGAGCCCAGCAUCAGCCGAGGUACCAAGUCCCUUGUCCGAAAGCGGCCGGAUCUCCAGGCCCCGUUCGAGCAGCGUCGGGCGAUAAUGGACGCGAAGAGGAAAGAGCGCGAGCGGCUCCGCCAGGAAGCACGGGCCAAGGAAGAAACGGGGUGGUUUAAUCCCACUACCGCGCAGCGGACCGAUGCGCUGCUCCGAAGGCGAAUGCCGGAGAGGCUAGAGGAAACGGUGGAAGAGAGGGUCAAGAGGAUGGCGGCCGCGGAUGACCAUCGACGACGGAACUUCGUCAUGACGCAGAAAGCGAAGGAGAAGCUCGAGUGCACAUUCCGCCCGUCCCUUAACCCGGUGACGCACUCAAUGGCCCAAGCCUCCCCGCUGGAUGAGCUCGUCAACAACCUCAGGGGGCAGCGGGUCAGGGAAAGGGUGAAGGCCAAAGUCAGCGAUGCGCAGGCGUGCUCGCACAAACCUACCCUGCUAGCGGAGGCUGCGCUGUUGCACACGGACGCGGAGGGAGCAGGGGCGUCGCGGGAUGGAGGGGGGUGCGCAGGCAGCGGUGGAAGAGGCGCUGCUGCCGCUGGCCUUUACGGCCCAGGCAACAGGUACCGGCUGAGCGUGCGGGAGCCGGCGAGGAUGACGGCGGAGCUGCGUGCGCGGGAGAGAGAGCAAGAAGAGAGGUUCAACGCUCUCCGACAAGAGAAAGAAGUGGCGGAGAUGCAGCGAUGCACCUUCGUGCCUCAGACGAACUCUGCCAUCCUGCGCGCCGAGGGGCCGGUGUUGGUCAGGGGCCUCGGGAGGCACCUCGAGCUUAAGGACGUCGCUCAGCAAAGGGAGCGAGAGAGGCGGGAGCGGGAGGCUCGAGCCUUCGGGGUACGGCCCAGGGCGGUGAGGCGCAGCGUCUUGGGCGAGACGAUAGUCGAGCCUUUCUCUCUCAGCAGCGACAACAAGGGGUGGUGGCAGGAGAGGAGGAUGAGGCACGAGGCGGAGCGCGCGGCGCAGUGCACGUUCAAGCCGUGGACGGUGGAGGCGGAGAGGGGGCGGGCGCUGUCGAGGCUGCUCGACUGGUCGUCGGUGCUGUCGAGUCAAUCUUCGAGAGGGAGCUAG